GUUUUCAGUCACUCCUUGUCAGAUCCUCUUAUGUGGUCAUAUGCGGUACAUGCAGUUGGUUUAUCGCUGUCGUGUGUGGUUCCCUGUCCGGACUUUUGAGAGAAUAAACCCUGUUACUUGCACCGAGUUCUGCCUCCUGCCCUGACUGCCUGCAAUUGGGUCCUCACCUCCACCGCAGACCGUGACAAUUUCCCAAAGUUGUGUCAACGACUACUUCCACAAACCUUCUACCAGGGGAGCCGGACUUCUUCCGCUGAGAACUGUUAAACUCAACAUGUGUGAUGAAGCUGGCAGAGAGGAGGAGGAGGAGGAGGAGGAGGAGGAAGAGGAGGAGGAAGAGGUGCUGUGUUCUCACUGUGUGGACAGGGAGUGUGUCUUUAAGCCGUCACACAGCAGAGCAGCUCCAUGUUUGUUCACUUUGUCAAUCCAUCCCAUCCUGUUUCCAUGGCAGCAGUCGGAGAAGAGGUCACCAUCCCAUGGUUCCUGUCAGCGGGCCUCGUCAGCAUCUUCAUCCUCAUCCUCCUCGCCGUCUUCCUGACAGCUCUCUGCAGUGACUGCACGAGACGUUCGUUUGAGCUCCAGGACCUGGAUGUGGAUAAAAACCCCUCGACUCUCAUCCGAGUGGUGAAGCUGGAGGAGGUGCACGAAAACCCAACAAUCACAGAGAUCCAGAAGGAUGAAAGAGAGUUUCAUCCUGAAGAAGAGACGCCAGCAUCGUUCAGUCCCUGCCAGAGCCAGCAGGGGGAGCCACAGACCCUCCCAGACCCACUUCCUGAGGAGGGAAAUUCAGUCGGAUACACUCCCUGGAGGAGCCAUCUGAUGGCCCAACAGAGCAAAGGCAUAAACAACUCCUCCCCUUCAGACUCCGCCCACAACUAUCAAACCAUUGCAGGAGGGUGUAGCACCAACAGUGACUCACUGUCUCCUCCAGCCAAUCACAAGCCAGCGCAGCAGCAGGAUGAAGAUGAUCGUUUGGCAGCGAGGACGAAUUUAAGCGACUGCGACAGAAAUUCAGUUUGAGCAGCACACCUGUUCACACACCUGAGGAGGAAGAGGAGGAAGAGUCUUCAUCUCCGGUGCUUGACAGGAGGAAAGAAAUGAAGUGAUGAAAGACAAUAAGUCAGGAAGGACAAAAAGCCUAAAGCAGAAGGACGACUGAUGACAGGAGAUGAAGAAGGAGGGUUAAAAGAAAAAAGAAAGGAAACACGACAGAGGGAGGAGGAGGAGAUGAUGAACAGAUGAUGAAGGACGAGUUGAAAAACCUAAAAAAAAAAAAAAAAAAAGAUGGUAAAUGUGUGAACAGGAGAAAAA